UGCGCGGGCGCGUCAGCCGGCGAGGGAGCAGCAAACGGCCGGCGGCGGGCGCCGCGCGGGGGGCGGGCGGCGCGGAGGAGGCGGCGGCGGCCAUGGCCGAGGCGUCGCCGCAGCCCAGACGCUACUUCUGCCACUGCUGCUCGGCGGAGAUCGUGCCGCGCCUGCCGGACUACAUCUGCCCGCGGUGCGAGUCUGGCUUCAUCGAGGAGCUUCCGGAAGAGACCAGGAGCACAGAGAACGGUUCGGCCCCCUCCACAGCCCCCCCGGAGCAGAGCAGACAGCCUUUCGAGAAUGUGGACCAGCACCUGUUCACGCUGCCGCGGGGCUACGGCCAGUUCGCUUUCGGCAUUUUUGAUGACAGCUUUGAGAUACCCACCUUCCCCCCCGGGCCGCAGGCCGAUGAUGGCCGGGACCCCGAAAACCGGCGGGAGCGGGAGCAGCAUUCGCGGCACCGCUACGGUGCUCGGCAGCCCCGCGCCCGCCUCACCGCGCGCCGGGCCACUGGCCGCCACGAAGGCGUCCCCACGCUGGAAGGAAUUAUCCAGCAGCUGGUGAACGGCAUUAUCACCCCUGCCACCAUCCCCAACCUGGGCCUGGGCCCCUGGGGCGUCCUGCACUCGAACCCCAUGGACUACGCCUGGGGCGCCAACGGCCUGGACGCCAUCAUCACGCAGCUCCUCAAUCAGUUUGAGAACACGGGCCCCCCGCCCGCCGACAAAGAGAAGAUCCAGGCCCUCCCCACCAUCCAGGUCUCUGAGGAGCACGUAGGCUCGGGCCUGGAGUGUCCCGUGUGUAAGGACGACUACGCGCUGGGGGAGCGCGUGCGCCAGCUGCCCUGCAACCAUCUCUUCCACGACGGCUGCAUCGUGCCCUGGCUGGAGCAGCAUGACAGCUGCCCCGUCUGCCGGAAGAGCCUCACAGGCCAGAACACGGCCACCAACCCCCCAGGCCUGACCGGAGUCAGCUUCCCGUCCUCGUCUUCCUCGUCUUCCUCCUCGUCCCCCAGCAACGAGAAUCCAGCGGGCAGCUCCUGAGCCUGCUCCCCCCCUCCCCCGCGCGGCCCAGAGUGUCCGCCCAGCUCAGUCGGGGGUGGGGGGGGCCAGGCUGCCCGCCCGCGGCCCCCGCACCAUUGGGGCCCCCUCACCCCACCCCCCACCCCCCUCGUUGGCGGGCCCCACCGCCCCCACGGCUGAGGGCAGAAGUUGGAGGUCCUGCCACCUCCUGGGACAGAGGGCGAGCGCGCCGGGCUCAGCUGGUCGGCUUCGCCAUGGCCCAGGGCUCUCCCCCGGGCCACCUCGGUCCCGAUUGUCCAACCUCUUAUUCCAUCUGUUCAACAGCGGAAAGGUUUUUAUAAUUUUAAAUUAUUACCGCUUUGAAAUAAAUGGACAUUUAGCUCACACGCGCGUGCAUGAUCUGUGGGGGAGAGGCGUUUGCCAGCUCCCGGCACCCCCGGCCGGCCCCGUGUUCCCGCCCCGCUGGCCAGCGGCGAACCCCCCAGCGAAAGGGGCCGGGACCAGAAAGAUGACCAGCAGAACCAGAACAAAAAAACUGCUCGACACAGAUGUUUUUUUUUUUUAAAAGGAAGAGAAAAAAGAAAUCUGUAUCUCAAAAGCUAUUUAAAAAUACACCUACUUAGAAAGCA